AUGGAGGGAAUACAAACCAUCCAAUCGUUCAUAUCGAUGCUGGACAAGUCUCUAGUGGAGCUCACACCAGAAGUACAGAUGCUGGCCUCUAAGCCAUUGGAAGAGCAGCUACAGAGUAUGAAAGAUCCUCUGGAUAGGGCAGAAUAUCUGAAUACGAUAUCGUACACUUUGACUUCGCUGAUGUUUGCGUAUAUAAAGUCGAAAGGUGUUGACACCACAAACAGCCCCAUCAUGGACGAACUGGCCAGAGUGAAGUCACACGUCCAGAAGGUGAAGCAGUGCAGGGAGAAGCAGAAGGGCUUAGAUACCCAGCAGCACAGUCAGACUGAGCAGACAAAGAAGAUAAUACAGUCGAACUUGAAUGGGAGACAUCAGGAGCCAGCUAUCAGCAAAUCCAAUUUCAGAGGAAGACACAAAAGGUUUUCAGAUGAGACUUCUUUGAAGAAUGACACCAAGAAAGCGAAACAGUGA